AUAAUAUAUUAAAUAUAAAAUUAUAUAUAAAUUUUAUCCGAAUCCGUAGAGUUGGUCAGAAUUCAAAGAAUCCGAUUGGAAUCGAGUCGGAACCCUACCGAUUAAUAAAUACAGUGCAGUAUAUUGAUUCGAAACCGGAAGAAACACAAAAGAGGGUUCUGUAUCAAUUGCUGUGUUGCAUCCUCUACCAAGAAUGGGGAUUCGAGAUAUGCUUCUUCGUUCUCGCAACAUCAUCAAAUCAAUACGGCACCACCAAUCUACACACAAGUUUUGUUUAUCUUCUUCAUACUCCACUGAAUUGCAUCCUCAAUUUUCUAGCGAUCUGGUGAACAUAAUGGAGCAUAAGCUUUCCGCUAUUCAACACCGAAGUGAUUAUCUCCAGGGCCUCAUUAGUCAGCCAGAAGCCUUACCGCACGAGUGUAUAAAGGCUAACAAGGAACUUCGUAAGCUUAGCGCCUCAAUGGAUCUCAUUAACGAGUUGAGGGCUAAACAGAAGGAAAUCGAGGAUUUGAAGAUGCUCAAAAGUGAAUGUCAAGAAGAUAAGUCUAUGCAGGACAUGGUUAUGGAAGAACUUGGUCAGUCGAUGGAAGAAGAGAAAAGACUGCAGAAUGUUCUCUUAAAGUCAUUAUUGCCGAAGGAUGAUGCUGAUGAACGUGAUUGUAUUUUGGAAGUGAGGGCAGGAACGGGAGGGGAAGAGGCUUCUCUGUUUGCAAUGGACAUAUUUAAAAUGUAUGAAAGAUACUCGCAAAAGAGUGGUUGGAAGUUUGAAGUUGUAGAUAUUACUGACUCUGAUCUUAAGGGUUUCAAGGAAGCUAGUGCAGCAAUUUCUGGUGCUGAUGUAUAUGGAAAACUUAAAUUUGAAAGUGGAAUACACAGAGUGCAGCGAGUUCCAGCAACAGAGAAAUCUGGGCGUGUACACACUAGCGCAGUUUCAGUUGCCAUCCUCCCUCAGGCAGACGAGGUAGAUGUACAUUUAAAGACCGAAGACCUAAGAAUUGAUACAUAUAGAUCUGGUGGUUCAGGUGGUCAGCAUGCAAAUACUACAAACAGUGCUGUUAGGAUAACCCACCUUCCAUCAGGGAUGACGGUUGCAAUUCAAGAUGAACGGUCCCAACAUAUGAAUAAAGCCAAAGCACUCAAGGUACUGUGUGCAAAGCUAUAUGAGUUGGAGAGAUCAAGAGCUUCCCUUAAUCGGUCCAAACUUCGUAUGGCGCAGAUUGGCAGUGGAGAUAGAUCUGAACGUAUCCGUACAUAUAACUUCCCACAAGGACGUGUCACAGAUCACCGUGUUGGUAUCACACACCAUUCCAUCCAAGAUGUAAUGGAGGGAGAGAAUCUGGAUUUCUUUAUUGACGCUCUUCUUUUACAACAAGAAAUGAAUGCUCUGGCAUCUUUUGGCUGUAAACAGUGAUGUGAACAAUUUUUUUUUUCUAAUGACAUUUUGAUUAUUUAUGUAUAAUCAGUUGGAUGUGUUUAGAAUGUAGUAGUUUUUCUUUUACAUAAGAAAUGAUUUAUAUAAGCCUAACUUUGUGUUCUGUUUAGGCCACCACAUGUUGUAAGUUGUAAAACAUGAGCACAAUGCUUGCUGUUGAGCAAGUUCAUGCUGGAUUUUGCUUAUAUCAUCGAUAAGAAUUAAAUUUUGCA